AGAACUAUACCGCCCAUGUAUCCACAGGUGAAGCAAAUCAUGGAGGAGGCUGUCACCAGGAAGUUUGUGCAUGAAGAUAGCAGCCACAUCAUUGCUCUGUGUGGUGCGGUGGAGGCUUGCCUCCUGCAUCAGCUGAGACGCCGUGCCGCCGGCUUCCUGCGCAGUGACAAGGUGGCGGCUCUGUUCACCAAGGUGGGGAAGACGUGCCCAGUGGCUGGGGAGAUUUGCCACAAGGUCCAGGAGCUGCAGCAACAAGUAGAGGGCAGGAAGCCCUUGGUGGGUAACCAGGAGCCCCUGCGGAGACAGGGCUCUACCGGUGGGAAGACCCCAUCCCUCAGCCCGCAGGCCUUGAAACACAUAUGGGUCCGCACAGCGCUCAUCGAGAAGGUGCUGGACAGGGUCGUGCAGUACCUGGUGGAGAACUGCAGCAAGUACUACGAGAAGGAGGCAUUGCUGGCAGACCCCGUGUUUGGCCCUAUCCUGGCCUCUCUUCUAGUGGGACCCUGUGCUUUGGAGUACACCAAGCUCAAGACAGCCGAUCACUACUGGACCGACCCUUCUGCUGAUGAGCUGGUCCAGAGGCACCGUAUCCGGGGUCCCCCUAAUCGCCAGGACUCCCCUGCAAAGCGCCCAGCCCUAGGAAUCCGGAAGCGGCACUCGAGCGGCAGCACGUCGGAGGACAGGCUCGCGGCCUGCGCCCGGGAGUAUGUGGAAUCCCUGCACCAGAACUCCAGGACGCGGCUGCUCUACGGCAAGAACAACGUGCUGGUGCAGCCGAAGGAGGACAUGGAAGCUGUCCCCGGCUACCUCUCCCUGCACCAGUCUGCAGAUAGCCUAACUCUGAAGUGGACCCCCAACCAGCUCAUGAAUGGGACUCUGGGGGACUCCGAGCUGGAAAAGAGCGUUUACUGGGACUAUGCCCUGGUUGUGCCCUUCAGUCAGAUCGUCUGCAUCCACUGCCACCAGCAAAAAAACGGUGGCACACUGGUACUGGUGAGCCAGGAUGGCAUCCAGAAGCCACCGCUGCACUUCCCGCAGGGAGGACACCUACUCUCCUUUCUGUCCUGCCUGGAGAAUGGGCUUCUGCCUCGGGGACAGCUAGAGCCCCCACUCUGGACCCAGCAGGGGAAGGGGAAGGUGUUCCCCAAGCUGCGGAAACGUGGCAGUGCGCGGUCCGUAGAUGUGGACGAGAUGGGCACAGGCUGGGCCACAGACUACGUGUUCCGGAUCAUUUACCCUGGUCACAGGCAUGAGCACAUCACUAUUAACUACCACCACCUAGCGGCCAGCCGCGCGGCCUCGGUGGACGAUGAUGAGGAAGAGGAGGAUAAACUACACGCGAUGCUCUCAAUGAUCUGCUCGCGGAACCUCACAGCUCCCAAUCCGAUGAAAGAUGCUGGUGACAUGAUCGAGAUGCAGGGCUUUGGGCCCAGCCUGCCAGCCUGGCACCUAGAUCCCAUGUGUAGCCAGGGCUCCUCCUGCUUCUCCUGCUCCUCCAGUAGCUCCCCAUAUGCAACUCCCAACCACUGCAGCUGUGUCCCCGACCGGUUGCCCCUCAGGCUACUGUGUGAGAGCAUGAAGAGGCAGAUCGUGUCCCGGGCCUUCUACGGCUGGCUGGCAUACUGCCGCCACCUGUCCACGGUGCGGACCCACCUGUCAGCGCUGGUGCAUCACAACAUCAUCCCGCCCGCCCGCCCCCCAGGGGCCUCAGGGGGCCUCACCAAGGACGUGUGGAGCAAGUAUCAGAAGGAUGAAAAGAACUACAAGGAGCUGGAGCUGCUGCGGCAGGUUUACUAUGGAGGCGUGGAGCACGACAUCCGCAAGGACGUCUGGCCCUUUCUGCUUGGCCACUACAAGUUUGGCAUGAGCAAGAAGGAGAUGGAGCAGGUGGACGCAGUGGUGGCAGCGAGGUACCAGCGGGUGCUGGCGGAGUGGAAGGCCUGCGAGGUGGUGGUGAGGCAGCGGGAGGAUAAAGUGUUUAUCUCUGUGGAUGACCUGGAGCCCCCGAAGCCCCCAGGCACGGAGGAGUGCAGACCAGGGCCCGAGGAGGAACCCGGAGCAGGGCCCCCGGGCACCGCCGUGGUGGAGCAGCAGCAGUCAGUGGAGUUUGAUUCUCCAGACUCAGGACUGCCUUCCUCUCGCAAUUAUUCCGUGGCCUCAGGCAUCCAGUCGAGCAUAGAUGAGGGGCCGAGUGUGGGCUUCGAGGAGGACUGCGGUGGGGAGGAAGGCUCCGAUGGGCCGGAACCUGCAGUCCACGCUUUCUCCGAGCCCCAAGAUCCCAGCCAGGAGAAGGCCUCUCGGGCCGGCGAGCUGGAGGCAGGGGAAGAGCUGGCGGCUGUGUGCGCUGCUGCCUACACUAUAGAACUAUUGGACACCGUGGCCUUAAACCUGCACCGCAUAGACAAGGAUGUGCAGCGAUGUGACCGCAACUACUGGUACUUCACACCCCCCAACCUCGAGAGGCUCAGAGACAUCAUGUGCAGCUACGUGUGGGAACACCUGGACGUGGGCUACGUGCAGGGCAUGUGUGAUCUGCUGGCGCCGCUCCUCGUCAUCCUCGAUAAUGAUCAGCUGACCUACAGCUGUUUCAGCCACCUCAUGAAGAGGAUGAGCCAGAACUUCCCCAAUGGGGGCGCCAUGGACACCCACUUUGCUAACAUGCGCUCCCUCAUCCAGAUCCUGGACUCAGAGCUGUUUGAACUGAUGCAUCAGAAUGGAGACUACACCCAUUUCUACUUCUGUUACCGCUGGUUCCUGCUGGAUUUUAAGAGAGAGCUGCUAUAUGAGGACGUGUUUGCGGUGUGGGAGGUGAUCUGGGCGGCCCAGCACAUCUCAUCAGAGCACUUUGUCCUAUUCAUUGCCCUGGCCCUGGUGGAGGCCUACCGUGAGAUUAUCCGUGACAACAACAUGGACUUCACCGACAUCAUCAAGUUCUUCAAUGAACGAGCUGAGCAUCACGAUGCCCAGGAGAUCCUGCGGAUUGCCCGGGACCUCGUCCACAAGGUGCAGAUGCUCAUAGAGAACAAGUGAGGGCCAGGAGGCAGCAGCCAGCCAGAGCCUCGGCCCCUGGCCCUGGGUCCGUGGGGAGAGGUGCAGGGGUGCACAGCAGAGACUGCCCACCUCUCGGCCAACCCUGCCUGCCCAGCUGUGUUCCUAACAAAGUGUGAGCCUGGGAUCCGACUCCGGGCAGUUCUGGCCCUGAAGGGCAAGUCAGGGGCCAGGGUACCCUCAGGUCAGGGCCAGGAGGGGAAGGGGCAGCCUCAGGGAGCAGCUGACCUGGGGAACACUGCCCCUGCAGCCUCAGCCUGAGUGCCCCAUGCCCUCUCCUGGGUCAGCCUGGGGCCCUGUCGAGUCACCAGGGCUAUGUUGGCUGGGCCCCACUGGUGAGGGUCGUGUGAGGCAAGGGGACUCUGUUGUAUUCCUUCUGAGCGUCCCUUUGUAGGCCCAGUGCAUGUGUGUGCACCAAUCCCAGUCGGGGCAGCCAGAAUGGCUACGAGUUUGGGCGUGUUUCCUGGGCCACCUUCCAGGUCCUCCUCUGAGACUGGGCAGAGCAGCCCACCUCAGCAGCACUGCCACUGCCUUUGGCCACCUGAGGUGACCCCAUGCCCUCCCCAAGCCCGUACAGUGCACCCACGUGUACCUGUACAGUCUCACUCCUGCCACCUCGCUCUUGCUUUAUGCAUUAGAUGCAUCCCUGGAAACUGUAUACACGACACUCUGCCAGCUGGAGGAUCUGGAAUGUGGUUGGAGCACUUUCUCUCAAGAGGAAUCCCAGGUGAUUCCUUAGGGAGGGGAUCCUGUCACAGCCUCCUCUCAAAGGUGGCCCCAAAACUUGGGGGCAGCCCAUCGUCUAUCCCAGGCAUCCGCUGAGUCCUAAGGCUGGAAGGAGGAGGUGCCUGGGUCUCUCUUGUUUGUUGCUGAUGAAAAGCAAGGUUAGCUCUGCCUUCCGCAUGCUUCUCAGGAUGUCCAGAGGCCUAAGGACCCAGAAACCUGCCUGGGAGAGCCUCACUCAUGAGGGGAGGUGUCAUGCUGCUUGUUCUGCCAUCCCCCACCCCCAGCCCCCAACACAUGCAGGCUGGGCCUUGCCCCAGGCCCAGGAGGCUGCUCUGCCACAGGGGCUGGGGCCUGCCCAGCAACCACUAAGGGCUGGAGACUUCCUGCAUUUGAGAAACAGAAAAGGACCCAGUAGCUUUUCUGCAUCCAGCACAGCCCCCCGCCUCCUCCCGCCAGCCCACCCCUGUCCCAGGCACUGCACGGCCUGUUUGGGGGCCAGCCCGCCCCAUUGCCCACUCUUGUCUGUGAGUCCUCAGCCUCCACCAAGCACGGUGGCCAUUGUGUGCCUGCCUUAGUGACUCAGUGGUUUGUGAGGAGCAGAGUGUGUAUGAUUUUUGGCUCAGAAACUAUACUCUUCAGUGUAACAAACCAAUAAACACAGCAUUUGGCAAUG